AUCCAUCUAGCGGCAACUUGAGCAAUUAAUUUUUAACAGCAUGCCAAGUUACUCCUUUCGUAUACACGUGUUUUUUGACAUAACCAAUCUCCAGGGUUCCAGUGUUUGACAUAACCUAUCCUGGUGAACGCGCAGCUGCAAUUAUGUUUAAACAAUCUCAGCCGCAAUUACUUAAUGUAAAUAGAAAACCUAGUCAGCCGAAGAGGCGAAGGAAGAUCACGCUUGUCUUCGACGAGGAAAAGCGACGAGAAUUUUUAGGAGGAUUUCGUAAGAGGAAGCUAGAGCGAAAAAGGAAGGCUCAGGAGCAAUUGCAGCAACAACUGAAAGAGGAACGAAAGAAAAUUAAACAAGAAGCGCGAGAACGUUACAAGAAAUCAUUGUCGCAUCACGUCGUCCCAGAGCUGGAAGAAUUGUUAUCUCGACAAGAAUACGAUCUCGAAGGUCAUACAGUUAGUAUUUUAGAGUUGAACGUUGCGGAUCUCGCAGAAGGAAGCAAGUGGAUAGGUGAAAACAAAAUUACAGAAGAAACAGAAGAGCAAGAUGACGACCAGCGCAGCGAUGUCGACGACGACGAUGAGAUUGUGGGAAUGUCGUUACAAAAGAAACCCAAGAAACAAGCGCAGCAAAACUCUAAAUCCGAUAGCCGAGAGAUAAAAUCUGCGAAAGAACUGAAACAAGAAGUUAAGAAAGCAGCGCUGAAACGAAUAAAAAAGAGUAAAGCGUUUCAACAAAAACAGAGACUGGAACAGCAAAAAAACAAAAAGCAAAGUAGACAAAAGUUGCAAAAAGCCCAGAAGCUAGCGCAAAAACGUGGCACUAAAAAGGGGACUAAAACGAGGAGUAAAAAGAAAUCCGGACGUUAGGAUAUUAGACAAAUUUACUGCACAAACUCUAAAUAAAUAUAUUUUGUAAUUUUGCGAAUAUUGUGUACAUAUACAAACAUGCGUUUAUCACUU